UGUCAGUGGGCUAGAUCUUAGAGUCAAUUUUUUUCCAGUGAAACUUUUUAGAGCUGGGUCAGUAAAAAAAAUGGCUUACCAGGUGCUUAUACAUCUGGUAGCCCUUUUGAUAUUUGUCCUUGGUACAGAGGGCUGGAGAUGUGCAAAGUAUGAGAAUUACUUCAGCCAGCAGCCAGACUAUAUUGAUUGUCUGUGGGAUUGUUGUGGAAACUCAUUUAACAGACAUUGUUGCGCUCCCAUUGGCAUCAUUGUUGGAUGUUGUAUAGUUGGUGCCGUUGUGGUAGCGUUCCUGACAGUCUUGAUGAUCUGCUGGUGGCAGAGGAGACGCUCAAGGAGAAACCAUGGGCCGAAACUCUUUCACAAUCAGCGACAUUCUCACUACCCAGUGGCUCCUAGCUCAGUCACACGUCCAGCUCCAGUGCCUUACAGUGGUCCACCUCAGUCUCAACAAUACAGGCAAGGUCCACCUAAAGAGAAGAUCCCUAUUGAUGACCCUCAGGUUUUUGAUGGUCCUCCACCGAAUGAAGGUUAUAGGCCACCUCCUCAGAAUUAUGGUCCUCGUCCAGUGAUUCCUCCAGGAGGCUACAGACCUCCACCUACUCGAGGCAACAAACCCCCUCCUUCUGAUGAUGAAUAUUCCGACAGUAUGAUUUAAAAUCAUCUGCUGUAAAUAGACACUUGUAAGACUGCUAUCUCUAGACACAGAAGUUGUGUGAAUGCUUUGGUUGGUAUGGAAUGCAUGCUGUUUAGACUUGUUACUGUCAAUUAUAUACACAAACAUUUCUUAGAAAUUUAUGAUAAAAAUUAAAUUUGAUCUGUUUUAAUUUGUUGGAAGUAUUCAGCAAUUUCUGAAGGCAGGUAAUAUGUAAUUAUACACAAUUGAUAUGUAACUAAAUAGCAGCUUUUGAAUCGAGUGUAUUUUAUAAUAAGAAUAUUUAGUAAGUUUUGAAUUGAGUGUAUUUUAUAAUUAGAAUCUUACUUGCGACAUUCCAGUUGUCUGUACAUUUUCUUUCCUAUCUACAUUCCGCUGGUGUUACUUUUUUCAACAGUUCAUUGUACAUAGUUCACUCUUCAUGUUGUCACAAUUUGCAUCAUAUACCAGCAAAAGGUCACGCAUUAAAACUUUUGUUUAAAGGAAUGAAAAUAAGGUAAGGUAAAAUGAGUACAUUUAUAUUCUCAAUAUUUUAUUUUUGACGUCAUACUAGAGUUAAGGUUGUGAGCUUGUUGACCCAAUCUAAGUUAGAGUGCAUUCCCUUGUUCGAUACAUUCCCGGCGAUGUUCAUCUCAGUGAUGCAAGUUGUACAUUUAUUUUUAUUUUUUCUGUUUACUGUCAAACUUUUACACAGUCACCAAAGUGUGACUAUAAAUAAGACUGUACUAAAAGGCUUUUGCAAGUACCAGGUUGUGUGUCCUUUUAUUGAUUGUACUAAUCUACUUUCUUGUAAGUACUAUCAGGUUGUUUAACAAUUGGCUAAUAUAAAGUUGUAUAUUUUGUUUUUGUACCAUAUAUCAAUGUAUGUACACAUUGGACCAAAUAAACUUUCUAAUUUUUUUUUCCUCA